GGCGGCCAUAUUGCAGCAGCCAAACUAAAGAGGCGUCCUAGUGCCUGUGUCGAAAUUCAAAAUAUUCAUUGAACUGAAGUGGGACUACAGGGGACUUUAAAUUCGAAAUUACUUUAACUUUAAACUCGAAGGCGUCUGAAUCAUCAUGAGCGGUGGGACCCCGUAUAUCGGAAGCAAAAUCAGCCUCAUUUCCAAGGCCGAGAUUCGUUAUGAGGGGAUCCUCUACACCAUCGACACCGAGAACUCCACCGUUGCCCUCGCCAAAGUGCGCUCCUUUGGAACUGAAGAUCGCCCUACUGACAGGCCUAUCCUGCCCAGGGAUGAAACAUAUGAGUACAUCAUCUUCAGAGGCAGUGAUAUUAAAGACCUGACAGUUUGUGAACCUCCCAAACCUACUUUGCCUCAGGAUCCUGCCAUUGUUCAGUCUUCAAUGGGAUCUGCAGUGCCAGCAUCAUUCCAGUGUGGAAAUUCAUAUGGACUGUUCAAACAGGCUCCAGUGUCCUCAUAUACCCAGUUCACUGCCAGCCCACUGGUUUCACCCUCAUAUGGGGGUGUUGGUGUGACCCAUUACAACAAAUGUGGAGGAAACUCAUUGGUCUCCUUUGGGAGUGACACAGACAUGGUUGCAGCCCUGUCUCAGAACAGUGCAAUUGAUUCUGCUUUCAGCAAUGACACUUACUCUCUGAAUACACUCAUGCCAGAAGGUGGCAGCAGUCCUCCACUGGAGCCUCUGCAUAAGAGCCCAUCCCUGGAUCCAGCAGCACCACCAGCCCCAACAGUCAGCAGUGCCACGAGUGCACCCAUGGGCCACAAGAGCCCUGUAGCUGCUCGCCUUGCAGCGAGUGGCAGCCAGAAGGCCGUGGAUAUUUCAGAGCAGAGGAGGGGUGAGGGCUGGCCUAGGCUACGGUCAGGACUCAGGCAUGCUGCUGGAGAUGGGGCUAAUGUAGUUCACUCAGGCUUGCACUCAGCAGGUGCUGAGGUGCUAAAAACGGCUCCGCGAGCAGACUCUGAUCAGUCCAGAGGUGAAAAUAAGGAUGUCUCUAAGCGGCAAGCAGGUGCUGGCCCACCAGCAUCACGCCGUAGUCGUGGAGGAGGGCAUCGUGGGAGAGGGCGUUUCCCUGUGAAGAGAGAUGGACAGAUGAAGUUUGAAAAAGACUUUGACUUUGAGAGUGCCAAUGCCCAAUUCAACAAGGAGGAGAUUGACAGGGAGUUCCAGAACAAGCUCAAACUAAAAGAUGAAAAACCAGAGAAGGCUCUGAAUGGGGAGGAUAAGGGUGACUCUGGGGUGGAGACUCAGAACAGUGAGGGGAAUGCUGAUGAUGAGGACCCGCUAGGACCCAACUGCUACUAUGACAAGUCCAAGUCCUUUUUUGACAAUAUCUCCUGUGAUGACACUAGGGAGAGGAGGCAGACCUGGGCAGAGGAGAGGCGGAUGAAUGCAGAGACGUUUGGCAUCCCAUUGCGCCACAGCAGAGGGCGCAGUGGCUUCCGGAGCCGUGGGGGUGCAGGUUUCCGUGGGGGGCGUGGUCGUGGGGCUGGUCGGGGAUCAUUUGGAGCUGCACAUCCAGGUGGCAGCAGUUACAGAGGGGCUUUCAGAGGCCACGGAGGACGGGAGUUCGCAGAUUUUGAAUACAGGAAGGACAACAAAGUAGCUGCAUAGUGCAGUGAGAACUACAUCCACAGGAAGAUUCAACUCUUGGGUAUUUACUUUUUGGCUACUACUUUUGACAACAGGACUGAAGAAGAAUUUACUAGCUGUAUAUUUGUCACCAGCACUGGUGUGUACCUCUUGAAAAGUGGAUAUAAAUGCAAUUUAUUUUCCAUGUCUUCUUGGAGUGGAAAUCUAAAUGUUUGUCUUUUGAAAUAUUAACCCACAUGGAAAUAUUUGAUGGAUAUUUUUUUUCCUCUCUAAACCUUCUUUCCCUUUAGUACAGAGCUUGAGAUGAUCUGUUAGUUGUAAAGCAACAGUGUACAUAUGCCCACAUACUGUGAGUACUCAUCAUGGAAUUAUCAUCUUUCCCAAUUUAGCACCAGAAUAUCCAGUUUGGGUCUUAGUUGCAGCUUUUUACUCUAUUUUUCUAUACAAAUGUUUCACUUUAGUUAGGUAGUCAGUGUAAUUAAACUUUCAGUUCAAAUAACACCUAGUUUGGUGUUGGAUUUCCAUAAAUUGUCCAAACUACUACAGUCCAUUAUUGUGCAAUAGAUAGUUUAAGGAAACAUUGCCCAUCAGUAUGAGCUAAUGUCAUAAACACUGAGGUAAACCUGUGUUGACAGAAUUAGCAUUAUUUUCCAUGCUUAGUGUUGCCCCUUAAAAAAGAGAGGAAAAAACUACUGUCUCAAACAUGAAGCUGAAUUUGACCACUUCAUAGUUACCUAUAUGCACUAUGCCUGGUGCGUUUGCAUCACAUCAAUUAAUAGGCUCUCGGUGGCCACUUUACACCUACUUUAUAGCUGUCCUUAACAGGCUAUAUGAUCAGCAGUCAGUUGUAAGUUACCCAUGCAUUUUGUGGCUCUACUGUCCAGAAGUUAGUUGACACAUGGUAGACUGUCUUACUGUGCUCAGAUGUUGUCAUUGUGUUUGCACUGGCCUCUUCCAUAAAGACCUGUUUAGCAGAAGUACAUGUUUUAAAUGUAUCUAAUAAUGCCAUGGGUGUAUGCAAACAUUUACAAACAUGUCAGUAAAUAAAUGAUGCAUUGAGAGGAUGAAAAAUAAAACAUCUCUCUAUCAAAAAAGAGCUCUCCUUUAAUUGUAUGUACACACAGCCCUUGGACAAAGCUUACCUAAGGGGUAGUGUACAUAAAAUGCAAACUUUGUUUUAGAUACAUUUGUAUUUGUAAAUGUUUGCAUGUAGAGUAUUUAUGUGUAUUUUAUUAGUGUUUGUGUAUAUUCAUAUACACAAACAUAAACAUAAAUGAACAGGUAAAAUAGUUGCAAUUUAAUAACAUAAGGUACAAGACGACUUCAGCUGUAAGGCAGGUGUAACUAAUAAACUGAACACUAGUUAUGCUUUAUUUCAGACAUGUACAUGUCCAAAUUAUAUGUUGAGGCAUUAAUCUGCUGUUUUAAGAGAGUAUUAGUGUUUUUGUAUGCUCAGAAACUACACUAAUUACCAGUGUGUAGUAAGUGAAUGUAAUGUAUAGGUGGGGUGUGUAAUGUAAAGAUUUGUGCCACUCAGAAGGCUGUUAACUUUAGUUCGUUACUGCAUUACUGCAUAGUUUUAAUAGCAUGCUCACCUGGUGACAUUUGACUGGAUAUUAUGUUUGACUUAUCUGUUCAGAAUGUAUGUUCACAAGUUUUGUCUACACCUGUUACUCAAGACCUUUGUGUUACUCAAGACCUUUUCACAGUCCCACUUAAAAUGAAAUGUUUACUUUCAUGUGGUGUUACUACUGCUCAUGUGAAGUCUAUUCUUUGAACUUGAGGUCUCCCUUACAUUUGAUUAAGAUACCUUUAACCUAGCUGGUAACAUUUUCAAUUGGGAUGCUGACACUGCAGCCAGAUGAAAUGGUGUCAAAGUAUUGAUAAUGGUUAAAUAUUUAAAAAUAACCUACAGCAUACUAAAUUUUAAGAGGUUGUUAAAUGUUAGUUUCUUUAAGUUUAUUUAUAUGCUGUAUGUAUCAUGCACAUAUUUAACCAUUAUCAAUAAUCAAUUACCUCAAGCUUGCGAACAGUUCUACCUCUCGCAUCUUAUGGUAAGACAGUUCAAUAAGACAGACAUUCACUGUAUAUACAAACACUAUACAUUGCAAUCCAUGCAGUCAAUAUAUAGAAGCAGAUGUGAAAAAGUUUAAAGCCACAAAAUGUUAUCAUUGUCAAAUAGGUAUUUUGCUACAAGUUACCAUGGGCUUCAUAAAAGAACAACUUGAGUGUAAAACUUUUUCCAUGUGCUUAAAUUAAAUUAAAAGUAGAAGGUUCUCAGAAGGAUAUAUUGGCAUUACUACUUCCCUAUGUUCCCAUUGGCUUAACUUGUGGCUUGAUGUUUAGCCGCCUUUGGUCCUAUAUUCAGGGUUGCUUUUUGUAAGGAAGCAUGUUAAAGAAUUACAGUCCCAUUUUUUGUUUAAUUGCAACUUUCUGGGACUGAAAUGUAUAAUCUGUGAUGUAUUCUCACAGCUUUUGGUACUGGAAAAAAAAACAUCUCAUCUGGCUGUUCAGUAUCACACCUUAUCAGUUAUGUAUUGAAGAAAUUUCACCCUGCAAAAAAGUUAUUUGUAUGUAAAAUACCAAAAAAUUCUUAGUGCAGUGUUGGAUUUACUUUAUGUAUUAUGGUCUUCAAAUGGACUAAUAUAUUACACUGACACACUACAUGACAUGACAAUGCCAGAUGAUCAAAAUCUUUUAAUAUUGGCUAAAUGUUUCUGUUAUACCCAACUGCAAAUCAGGUUGUCUGGUGUACGUGUCUUGAAUUUUAGCAUUUCAGCAAUAACAUUUAUUUAUUAGUAGUAGUACUGUUUUUAAAUGUCUCGUUUGAUGAUUGAAAAACUUAUUUUACUAAUGGGAAACUUGGUAUACUGUUCAAUGCCAUAACAUAUUAAAGUGCAGAUAGCUUCUUGUAGAGAAAAGCAUUGUUUUGAAUUGUGGGAGAUUGGAAAUGUACAUUUGCAAUUAUCCUCUUUGUGUCAGUUUCUGAAUUUUGAGGGCUUAUUAUACUUCAAGCAUGGCUAAUUUUACAGAGUAGUUGUCUGGACAUGUGCUAUUUAUAAUAAUAUAGUCAAAAUAUGGCCAUGUUUUGUUUUUUUAAACAAAAUCUUAUAUGCCAGCCUUUUUACAACUUAAUGUCUAUUUACCAUGUCUGUAGAGAUGGAGUAGAGUCUUCUGAAAAAAUAUACUGCAUAUAAAACUGAUACCAGCUCUUGAAGGGUUGCAUACUACCUAAUCCACUAAUAGAUAGGCUAUAGUGAAAUAUCUGCUUUAACCUUACCAGAAACUCAAUAAUGUUAUGAUGAAAGCAUUUAAUGCAUUCAGCUUUACUGUUUAAUUGGUGUUAUGUAAGCCAUAUUUUCAUGAAAUUGUCAUUGUUUGUAGAGAUGUUUUUUUUUUUUUUGUUUUUUUGUUUUUUUCCCAAGCUGUCAUUAAAAGCCAGUAAAUUAUUUGCCCUGUCUGUUUAACAAAAGGCAGGUCUUGCUGCUCCAUGAUCAGCUCUUAUUGUUUUACAGAUUUUUCAGCUGCCUUUACUUUUUAGACAGGGAACGUGGGCACUGCAUGCUGGUAGCAGAAGUCUCCAAAUGGUGAAAGAUCUAUGGCAUAUACUGUUACUAACAUGUCUUGAACAUUUAUAUAUCUUUUUUUCCCCGCUAUUUAUUUACAUCCACAGUAGGCUAAAGUUCAUGUUCAUUUCAGCCAUAGCAUGGGGGGUGUACCGCAAUGUAAAGGGAUUUUUACUCUGACCCAAGAAUAAAGUUGUUAAUUAUUA